AUGUCCAGGAAGUUCAGGGGCACGUUUGUGCGGCUGCACCCCGACGGCACAGCAGGAGCAUUAAUAUUUAACGCGAGGUGUACGGGACCUGCCCUGAAUGCCGACAGCGCUGCCAGGGAGCAGGGGGGGGUGACCUUGGCUGAAGCGUCCCUGGCCCUGCUCAUCCCUGCCCCGAGCCCGCAGAUCCGAGCCCCCCGGCCCGCCUGGGCUCAGCGGGGGCUGCGGGCAGCGAGGGUCCCCCCGCACUGCCGGGCUGCGCUGGUGCCGCAAUCGAUCGCCCUGGCUGCAUCGCAGCCGCUGCCCUGCUCUACGGUGUGUGCUGGCGGUCACAUCGCCAAGAGCUUGGGGUACCUGGAGAUGGGCACCUCCAUCCUCAAGGAUGUCCCCUAUGGCACCUUGAAGCCCCCAGUGCUCAACCCCGGGCGGGGGUUGAUUCCGGCAGAGCCCCCCCGGGGCGCGGGGACACCGCUGGGCACCGGACGGAGCCCCUGGGACUGGCAGAAGAACCAGACAGCCGGGGAGCUGCUGAGCCCCCGCGCCCACCGCAAGCCCACCCUCAAAUCCAGCCGCACCAAGAAGAUUUUUGGUUGGGGCGACUUCUACUUCAACAUCAAGACACUCAAGUUCAGCCUCCUGGUGACGGGGAAAAUCGUCGACCACAUCAACGGCACCUUCAGCGUCUACUUCCGACACAACUCCUCCAGCCUGGGCAACGUCUCCGUCAGCAUCGUGCCCCCCUCCAAGGCCGUGGGGUUCGAGGUGCUGGUCCCCGGCCCCCCAGCACUGCUGCAGCCACCGCCCCCUCCCCAGCAGAGCACCCUGCCCGAGGGGCGCCCGGCCAAGGCGCUCAAUUGCCACGUGGAGUACGAGAAGACGAACCGGGCACGGAAGAACAAACCGUGCCUGUACGACCCGUCCAAGGUGUGCUUCACGGAGCACACGCAGAGCCACGCGGCCUGGCUGUGCGCCAAGCCCUUCAAGGUCAUCUGCAUCUUCAUCUCCUUCCUCAGCAUCGACUACAAGCUGGUGCAGAAGGUCUGUCCCGACUACAACUUCCAGCACGACAACCCCUACUUCGGCUGAUGGCACCGGAGCAGGGUGUGGGUGGGGGACGGGGGGGUUGCAGUGCCCCGUUGUCAUUUGGAGCCCCC